AUGGUAUUCCCACAUGAUAUACUCUUUGAAAUGUUUAACCACUUAUAUCAUGAUUAUAGAACCCUAUUUCGAUGCCUUCUUGUUAAUCGCGAGUGGUGUGAACUCGCAGUCAAAAUCCUCUGGAGUAACCCAAAUCUGGAGCAUCUUAAAACAAUUUAUACAUUAUUAUUAAAUUUAAACGAACAUGAAAGGGAAAUGAUCGGCCCCAGUGAUAUUAUCCCUGAAGAUGCUCCAGAUUUAAUGUUUGACUAUAGAAGCUUCAUCUUAACAGUGUCAAGCGACAAAUUAGUUGAAGGUAUUAAUAAUUGGCUUGAACACGUUGGAAAAAAUAGAAUCAAUUCAUCUUCCAUAAUAAUUCCAAUGUUAUUAAUGUUUUUAAGAGAAGGAAAUAGGCUAAAAUAUUUAUAUUUGGAUGGUGUCCAAUAUAAUCGUAGCCAUAAAUGCGAAUUGAAAG